CCCACCACGCGUCCACGCCAGGGCACACCAAAGCAUCCAAUGCUCACCCCUUUCCACCCAUGACUACCCUCCACCACUAACCCCCUCACAAUCCUCCCGGAGGAGCGGCGGCGGCGGCGGCGGCGAGAUGGACAUCCCGUCGUUCGUGACGUCGAUUCUGACGUCCUUGACCGUCUUCGUGGUGCUGGUCCUGGUGUUCACGUGGCUGUCGCGGCGGCCGGGGAACGCGACGGUGUACUACCCGAGCUUGCUGCUGCGGGGGCUCGACCCGUGGGAGGGGCGCGGGCGGGGCACGCGCAGCCCGGUGGGCUGGAUCCGCCAGGCGUUCACGGCGUCCGAGCCUGACGUCGUCGCCGCCGGCGGAGUCGACGCCGCCGUCUACCUCGUCUUCCUCUCGUCCAUGUUUGCAAUCCUUGCUUUUGCCGGGAUUGUGUUGCUUCCAGUUCUGUUGCCAAUUGCUGGAACUGAUAAUGCCCUGGAGGAUUCUACUGGCAGAAUGCCGUCCAACGUCACACAUUUCGAAAUUUUGUCAUUGGCCAAUAUUGAAGACCGAAGUAUGAGGCUGUGGGCAUUCAUAUCAGCAGUCUAUUGGGUCUCCUUUGUCACCUAUUUCAUACUAUGGAGAUCCUACAAGCAUGUUUCGAAUCUGAGAGCAGCUGCAAGAUCAACAUCAGAGGUUAAACCACAGGAGUUUGCCAUGUUGGUGAGAGAUGUUCCCAUUCCACCUCCUAAUCAAACUAUAAAGGACUCGGUGGACUCGUAUUUCCGAGCACUUCAUCCUGACACAUUCUACAAAGCAAUGGUUGUGACAGACAUCACCAAGGUUGAUAAAAUUUUCCAAGAGAUUGAAGGUCACAAACACAAAAUUGCUCAUGCUGAAGCUGUCUAUGCAGAAUCAAAAACAGCAAACAGACCUGAGGGCACGGGGCCUACUCAUAAGACGGGAUUCCGUGGCCUUAUCGGUAAAAAGGUCGACACGAUUGAGUAUUGUAAUGAACAGAUAAAGGAAUUGCUGCCCAAACUAGAGGAUGAACGGAAGAGCGCCCUCAGUGAGAAACAGCAACGGGCUGCCUUCGUCUUCUUCAAUAGUAGAGCUGCUGCGGCCUCAGCAUCUCAGACUCUCCAUGCCCAGAUGUUUGAUGAAUGGACUGUUACAGAAGCUCCUGAACCACGUGAGGUAAUAUGGGCCAAUCUUCCAAGGAAAAUAUAUGACAGGCACACCAGACAGACGGUGGUCUAUCUCAUUGUCUUCGUUACCGUUGCCUUCUACAUGAUUCCCAUCACUGCCAUCUCUGCCGUUACAACGCUUGAAAAACUGAGGGAGAAGCUGCCCUUUCUGAAGGUGGUUGUGGACCAGUUCGUUGCACUCAGAUGCUUUGUUGGUUAUGGGCUUGAGCUCUCUCGUUUGGUCCCUCUCAUCAUUUUCCACCUGAAAAGGAAGUACAUAUGCAAGACAGAGGACGAGGUGAGAGCGGCAUGGGUUCCAGGAAACCUGAGGUAUAACACCAGGGUUCCCAACGACAUGCUCAUCGUGACAAUUGUGCUGUGCUACUCCGUCAUCACGCCUUUGAUUUUGCCAUUCGGUGUUGCUUACUUUGCUCUGGGUUGGCUUAUAGCAAAAAACCAGGUUUUGAGAGUUUAUGUUCCGAGUUAUGAGAGCAACGGGCGAAUGUGGCCACACAUGCACACAAGGAUCAUUGCAGCUCUCAUGAUCUAUCAGGCUACCAUGAUUGGUAUCAUCAGCCUGAAAAAAUUCUACUAUUCUACAAUCCUCACACCACUCCUGGUGAUAAGCUUAAUCUUCGCCCGCACACGCCAUGCACGCUUCUAUCCUGCAUUCGCCAAAACCCCUCUCGAGGUGGCAAGUCAGCAGCUGAAAGAGACGCCCAACAUGAGCGCCAUUUACACUGCGUACAUCCCUCCUUGCCUCAAGCCCGAGAAGCUCGAAGAUGUGCAAGUCUUUGAAGACACUCAGUCACGCACCACCUCCAGAGCUCCGUCCUUUUAAUGUAACUAGCAAAGGUGCAAGCGCUACGCACGUUAAUAUUUAGUCAAUAUAUUAAUUGCACGCGGAUAUUAGGUAUGAUACUAUUUGUGUGUUAAUCCUGUGAUUAGUGCAAUAUUUGAUAUGAUAUUAAUUACACGUUAAAUACAUUUAACGUUCA